CCGUUGCGAAAUCAAGCACGUAUGUUGUCAUUUUCGCAACGACCCGUUGUUAUAUUUUUCAACAACGGCUGUUGGUGAAUUGUGCACGAACGUGCUCAAAUUGACACCGAGACGUGGUCAACUUUCGGUACCAACAACAGCCGUGCUUAAUUUGUCCACCGAUGUGCUCAAAAUGACAACUUUGCGUUUUUAAUAUUGGUAAUUGCAGCCGAUUACACACGAGUAAAAAAUGACAACGGUGGUGCAUGAUUCACACACUGUCGUUGUCAAUAUGACACCGGUCGUGUAUGAAUUAUGCACCACCACCUGCAUAAUGAUGCACCACCGUUGUUACUUUGUACACCGACGUGCAUGAAUCGUACACGAUCGUUGCCAUUUUAGCAACUACCGUGUAUGAAUCAUGCACCACCGUUGUCAUUUUUUUUACUCGUGUGCAAUCGGCUGCAUAUUUACCAUUUUUUCCGUGUUAUUGAAAGAGAAAGGACGCAUUGUGCAAAAAAUUUAUUGAAAAUGAAUAAUAAUUCGCAAGAUCCUCAAAAUAUCAUUGGUGAGUUGUUAGAAAUCGAUGGCAAUAUUGUUGUGGUUCGCGAUACAAACCAUUGCAGCAGUCAAGAUGCGGAAAACAAUGAGGACGAUUAUAUGUUAAGGGAGUUCUUAAAAGGAAUAAAUAUGGAGUCGCUUUUUGAACAAUUAAAAGCAUCACAUGUAACAUUUCGCAGUUUGCAGUACUUGAAAAAAGAAGAUUUAAAGGAAGCAGUGCCACCAUUGGGACUGCGAGUUGAAUUCAGAGAAAAGCUCUUUGCUUGGAAAAAACGAAAGCUCGGGAUUGAUGACGAAACUAUGUCAGUUCCAUCUAAAAUAGGUGAAUGGUGGAAACGCAACGAGACACCUGCAAGUACUCCUGGUACUCCCGACACUACAGGUUCGAACUGCUCAAAAGCCAAAGGAAUUUUGUCAGAGGAUCUAACGGAAUUGUUAACACAUACCUCGAAGGGGAAACUGGCGCUUGAAUGUAGUAGCGUUAAUAAGAAAUUAAGUGACGAGCAAAGAGAUGAUAUAAUUAAUAUAAUUAUUGAAGAUAUUUUAACCAACAAUGUUACUCUUUACACUCAAGACUAUAUGCGCAUAUUGGAUGAAAUUUGUUCCGUUUUUCCUCUUGAAAACGAAAUGAGGGUAAGAUUAACAAUAUAAACAACGUAUCUGAUUAUGUAGUUUCUUAACUUAUAAUAUGUCUUUAUUUUUAGGAUUAUUAUUACAUUUCAAGAAAAGGAAAGAACAACGCAAGCGGAAAACUUUAUGCCAAGUAUAGAAACAAGAAGUCCAAAAGAAUAAAGCUUUUGAUUUCCGAGCCUAGCACAAGCAAAGCAGCAACUCACACAUCUCCUAAUUUUUGUAACAAAGAUGUUCCCGAAAUUGAUGAAUCAGUUGAAAAUUCAUUGAAAGCUUCCUUACUAAGAGAAUGUAAUGAUUGGGGAUCGAUCUGCGAAAAAUGGAAAAGAUCUUUUAACAUACGGCAAAGAGAUAUAAAAAAUUUAAGUAGCCAUACAUUUCUCCUUGAAUGGACGAAGUUGUCCGAUGCAAGAGCUUCAGAAUUGGUAAGUAGCCAUGAGCUAUUUAUUUGUAUAUGGAUACUAAUGUUUCGUUUUAGGUCAACAUUGAUUUCGAUAUUAUGUAUCCACAGAAAGGCAAUCUUCUACUUUCUAAAUGGGACCAAUUUAAGAAAAAAAUUUACAAUUAUUAUGGGAAAAAUAUUCAUAACGAACAUUGCAAACAACUCUUCGCAA